GUAGGAGCGCUUUUAAUGACGGAACUAAAGCUGGUGGAUUGUAAACAGAGAAUCAGGCAGCCUUUCUGUUUUGGGAGCAUGGUGUGGAUAUACAGAGCAACCCAAACGUUCUGCUUCCUUUUCUGCAACUUGCAUACAGCAGCAAAGACUAACUGCUUUUGACAGGGUUGUUCUGGAUCCCAUAAUCCAGUUAGACUCGAAUAAUGAUAAAAUCAAAGGACACGGAGGACUGCUGUGCGUUCAGCUUUGGUGAAGAUUUCCGCGCCACUGACAUGCAGCAGAGUCUGGUGCUGAUUUGUCUGCUCAGAUAUUAUGAGGAACUAAAACCAGAGUAAUGGUUGAGUUACGCCAUUCCAUUAAUCUUCAUCUUCAUCAGUACUGCAAAGAUCUUUUUUCGUAUUUAUUUUUUCCUUUCAUACCUUACACGGGGUCUGAAUUAUUAACCCAGUGUGUUCUGAAUAAUUGCACAUUGCUGCUUAACGACUGUUAACUUCUUUUAAUGGAGGGGUGAAGGUGUCAUUUUUGUGCAAUAUUGAAGGGAGACCAGCUGUGUCAACGUUGGACAUUUUCUGUAUUUCAGUUAUUAUAAUAACGACGAAUAUAAUAUAUACUAACUAAAUCAAAUUGGACAAAGUUAAAAAGAUACGGUUGCUAUCCUUUUCCCCACUAAUGUAAAUGCUGCUCUUGCAUACCUGAGGUUUGGAAAGUACUUUCUCUGAAAUGGAUGGAUCCGAUUCCGAGGACAUCAGUCCAGCUUUAGAGGUCACGGAAGACUUUUUUCACUGUUUCAACUACACAAUAGACAAUCCACAGAAACAUGAGGAUUAUGACUUGCAGGAGGUGCCAGAAUUUUUUGGCCAACAAGGUGUCCAGAGCAAAGGAGGUGACUCUCAGGCAGCAGUUUUCACAAAAGACUCCUUCCAAGGUCCGUGUGCUAAAUGGAACUUUCUGAAUAAGGACGAACUGCACUUGCAGGACGUGUCUACCAACCAUCUUGAGUGGGGCGAGAAGAAGGAGGUGCCUUCAUUCAACCUGUUUAGUAUGUGUCAGGGUAAAAGAAGCAGGGCUCGAUCGACCAAUGACCUGGCUGCUCACACAAAGGAUCCUUCAGCCUUUCGAACGGGUCACAGCCGCUCGAGAUCAGAUGCAAAUUAUAAGGCUUUUAUUGAUAAUGGAGUUCAUCAAGAUAAGAACAUUGCUGUCGUUACUGACCAAGAGAACAAAGAAGGUACAAAGAAUGUCUUUUCUCAUAUUCUCAAGAAAGGAUACAUGGAGAAAAGAGACGGUCAAAGUGGCCGCUGGAGCAAUUGUUACAUUGAGCUUUCGCCUUGUGAACUGCGCCUCUAUAGUUUGGAUAUGAGCGGAAACCAGCAGCUCUGCACGGUCUACUCCCUUUCUCACUGCCACAGCAUCAGCACUAUGGACAACCAGGACACUAAAAUUGUAGAUGCGAUAUUUUUCAACAACACUCAGCUUCAGCUCCGUGCUCAGACAAAGUGGGAUGCUCUUGAUUGGGAAAGGCAUCUAUGGGAAAGGGUCCAAGCAGUUCGACCCGUCCAGGAAAAAGAGUUAUCAAAACCUCAGCUCUCAAAACCAUUAAACCGGCCCACAGCGUUGCCUUUAUUCACAAAGCAUUGCCAGGACGUGCUGAAAGCAGGAGUGCUUUAUCAGCUGACUGAUCAGAACAACUGGAAGUCGUUCACGUUUGUGCUAAGCAAGAGCCUCUUCAUGGCUUUUCCCACAGGUGGGAGAGGACCAGUAUCAGACCCUGUACUUAAAUACAAUAUCGGCUCUUGUGUGACAGUUCAACAAGAUAAAACAGACAAGAGUAAUUUAUGUUUUCAGGUUAUUUUCCCCCAGGAAUGUCUUUGGCUUAGGGCAGAAAGUGAGAAGAAAGCUCAGGACUGGAUCGAAACUGUUAAGGUGGCUGCCGAGUCACAGAAAACAACUGUUCAGCCAUCACAGGUAAUCCUUCGUGGAAAAGCCUCCAAAGAGCGGCGUAUCAAAGAUUCACAAAGGAGCAAAAGGCAGUCUGUAACUACCAGUUUCCUUGGGAUCAUGACGACCCUCGCUGUCGAGAAGGGGCUAACAGCCCAGGGCUUCAGGUGUGCAGGUUGCCAAAGGCCUGUGGGUCUUUCUCAUGGACGGGCCAAGGUAUGCUACUACAGUGGGUGGUACUACUGCCAGAAUUGCCAUGAAGAUAAUGUCUUUUUGAUUCCAGCAAGACUCAUUCAUAAUUGGGACACCAAUAAGCACAAGGUUUCAAAACAAGCCAAGGAGUUCUUGGAGUUUGUGUAUGAGGAGCCACUGAUUGAUAUUCAUCUUGAAAAUCCAUGCCUCUAUGAUCAUGUGGACACGCUGGCAGCUGUUCUACGGUUAAGACAGCAGCUUAAAUCGCUCAGAGCAUACCUGUUCAGCUGUCGGGCCACCGUCGCAGAAGAUCUUCGUAGAAGAAUCUUUCCCAGGGAAUAUCUUCUCCAGCACAUUCACUUAUACUCCCUAUCAGACCUUCAGCAGGUUAUCGAUGGAAAACUCGCUCCAUUUCUUUCAAAAGUUAUAAAGUUUGCAAGUUCUCAUGUCUACAGCUGCAGCUUGUGCAGUCAGAAGGGAUUCAUUUGUGAGAUCUGUCAGAAUGCGCAGAUUAUUUAUCCAUUUCAGGACUCGGCAACCAAACGCUGCGAUGGAUGUGGAGCAGUUUUCCAUGCACAAUGUAAAUCAAAAUCCCAGCCAUGUCCUAGAUGUGUGCGAAGGGAACUGCACAAGAAGCCUCAGUCUUUCUGGAAGAAACUGAAUCUUGAAGAGGGGGCUGAAGAUUCCUACAGUUUCUUUGAACUGCCGUUUCAGAACACCUGAAAUUUUGCAUUUUCACCUGUUCCCCCAAGUUGAACAUGACAGACACCAUGAGCUGCUUGAAUUGGUCCUUUUUACACCAGAUGUAGUUGGGUGGUGGUGGUGGUGGUGGUGGUGUGUGUGUGAGUGCAUGGAGUUAAGAUUGCAUUAGGAUCACACUUCAGUUAUCUGACAUGGUGAUGUCUUCAGGUUUUACGAACAGAGAUUUAAUUAACUGAUUGCACAGCUCCAGACAUUCUUUGCUGAUGCCUUUUAGAUUGUUAAGUCAACUCGAUUUUUGCGCUAACUAGAUUUAACACAUUGAAACAAGACUGAUAUAUGGAAUCAGAUCUGAACCGACCUUAUUUUUGUUCUGUAUGGCACACCUUUAGCUCUUGAUAGAUAACCAAAGAGGAUUUCCAUGGUUGUCCUUCCUUAAUAUGCACCUUAGAAAGAGAUGUAGAAGUACUGUGUUAAGUGUCCCUUUAUGCUCUGAGUUAGCCUCACUAGCUCCUGUGUCAGCUUAUCACCUCCAGCUUAAUGUUUUACUAUGCACUGUCACUGAACCGCCAGUUCACCUACCAUUAUAGUCUGAAGAUACCACAUGCUUCUUAAUUUAACAUUAUAUGCUUUUUUUAUAUAUAUAUUAUAUAUGGGUUUUUCGAUCUCAUUUUGAGAACUGGUAUUUAAUGUCUUGUUCAUGCCAUUUGUAAAUUACCUUGAAAAUCAUUCUCAUAUUCAGUACACAACAGUACAAUUCUGUCCAAAUUCUUUAAUUGAAACUUCUUUGUUACUGUAAAUAUUGCACACCGUCUUUUUACCCAACAUGUAUAUAUAGUAUCGCUGAAAUACAAUUACACACUUGUCCUUACAGCCAGCAGUGAACCUAGAGUAAGGUUCAUCAAGCCAAACAGUAAAAUGGAGGCCACUUACGUUUAACAUGAGGACUACAAUAGGGAGAGGUUGAAGGAGGAGCUGUACGUAAAGAAUAAUGUUUCUUACACAGCACCGUCUUAUCAGUCAUAGAGACCUUUGGUGAACUGCUGUUCAUGGAUCCAAUAUUUGUUUUUGCCUCCUUCAGAGAGUGAGAUGGAGUAUAAUAAAUAACAGUUAUAUUUGUAAUUUUGUCCUGGUAAUGCACACCUUUCUUCCAGAACAUUAUGGUGCCUCUCUGUGCUGUGGCCCUUGUCCAUGAAUGUUUCCAAUGAACAUGAAAUUAUUGUCUUUAAAAUCCUCAGUGCAGCUUACCUAUACCACUUAUAAUGUAUUAAGAAAAGUCAAUUUGCAUUAUAUUCUGUAGGUAAACCUGGAUAUUAACCAGCAGGUGAAAACUGAAACUCUGCUCUUUCUGUUCUUCCCUGGAACAAACACAAGUCUGCACAGGAGAUUUUCUGCCUCUAUGCAUUUGUAUAAAUGGGGAAUUCUUAUCAUAAAAGAGACAAUUGUGCAAGAGUAAAUAAAGGUGAGGUAAAUAGUGUGACUGUGUGUAGGCCCCAGUGCUGAUCGAAUAACCUCUUACGCUGGAAAAUGUGUCACCUGGCUUUAGAUUAUGCCAUUGUGAAUCGGAGCUACUUGAAAAUUGAGGCAAUAAAGUGUUUGUUUUGCAUUAUAUGCAGAAGAGUUGCUUCUUCUUAUUUAAUCCUAACUUAUUAAGUUCACUUACUAACCUUUGUUAUGCAACCAGACAGGCCUUGCUUGUUUUGUUAUCCCAGGAGUGUUUAUUAUUAGUAAAGGUGCCUUUUUUUAACAAGGGUGCAGUGCUGCUGCCUCACAGAUCAGCGUUCUGGCUGUGAAUCUGUGCCCAGUUGUUGUCCAUGUGGAUCUUGUAUGUUCUCCCUGUAACUGUGUGGGUUUUCCUGCCACAUCUCCAAACCUGUUGGGUAAAUUGCCAACCCCUGUGAGUGUGUGUGGUCUCUAGGAUGGCCUGGCGCCCCAUCCCUGGUUGUCUCCAACUUUGUGCCCAGUGCUGCAGGGAUUGGCUCCCGCUCCCUGUGACACUGAAUUAAAUUAAGCAGGUGUGAGGAUGUAUGUAUGGAGGUUUUUAAUCAGCUAAAUCUUAAAGGAAUUAAGAAAAUGUAUCCUUAAUAAAGUUAUUUUUUUCUUUAUAAAUAACACGUUUCUGUUAUACUUUUUUAAAAUUGCUUGCAGCCAAUUUAGUACAUCUCACACUCUUUAGGAGUUUAUUCGUCUACUCAUUAAAUAGGGGGCCGCAUUUUAUAAGAAGACUGUUUCCCUUUUUUAAUUCAGUGUAUCUUUGUAAGAAACUUUUUCUUUUCCUGACGUUUUCAAGCCAUUUUUCUUUGUACAGUAAUGUUGUUGUUUUCUUAUUACAAUUCACAUGGUCUGGCUGUGUCAAAUGUACCAGUUUCAUGUUGCAAAUGUUUUAUGUUUCCUUUAAAAACAUUAUUUUCUUUAUUGAAAGGGAAAUUGGAAUUUUGCUUAACCCUGGGAUGUUUGCACUGAAUUAGUGAUUCCCGAUGUAUAUAGGGAAUUAUGAAACUUUAUAAAUUGUAAGGGAAAGAAGGCUAAAGGUGCUUUGAAGUCUAGUUUUGCUUUAUGUUGUCUUGUGUAAUUAGUAAAUAACUGCAUUUUUUUAUAACCAGUUAGCUAUCAGGGACAAGAGUUUCAAAACUGGAAGGCGCUAUAUAAAUAAAUGUAUUAUUAAAACAAAUGUCAUUUUAUUUUUCCUGUGGAGUUAAAAUGGAUCUGAUUUUUCUUUUUCUCAGUAUUGACAGCAUAACCUUCACCAUCACCUUAAGCGAGCAGCUCUGCUAUUUUAUUUUUUAUUGUAUCUGAGAGAAGCCAUGCACUUUCACCAGGGAAAAACUAAGGUACUGAAACUAAGUCUUCUAUCCAUCCAUCUUCUAAACCCAUUUAUCCUGAGCAGGGACACUGGGAAGCUUGAGCCUAUCCUACAAGCAUCAGGCACAAGCAUUCUCAGGCCUGGCAGAUGAAGUCACUCGGUCAGAAACAAACGGACCACAGAGGGUGGGCAAGGAGCUGGACUGGACGUCACCAGGUCACCAAUUCAAGUCUUGUCACCGUAUGACCCUGAGUGGGACAGACAAACCUGGCCAUCACUACUAGGGUCCGACCCCAGCCCAUAAAGAAGACAGGCCAGCAAGUCCUCUGCGAUUCAUUUGAAUACACUCUGGAGAAGGCUGGUGGUAUUAUUUUAAAUAUUUUAUUAGAAUCUGAUUACUGGCUUUCAGUUUUUUCUGCUCUGGUUAAUGAAUUCUUCUUGUGAUUUUUGGGACACUGCUGCUUAGCAUUGUAUCCUGUACCUUCCCUUUUUUUGUAAUUAAAUAUCCUCUUUAAUAAAGUUGGUGUAGCCAGAGUCUACACCGUUCUUCCUCUGCUGAGACUUAUUUCACGAUACUAAGGAUCUCUUGUAACUGCUGAACUUUAAAAGGCCUGAAAGCCUCCCAUUUACCCAGACAGUCGGCCUGCCUUAUCCUGGCAGGCUCAUGGGGAGUCUAGCUUAUUUUUUCAUCUUUUGCUAUUCUUGUGUAUGCGAGUCAUGAACAGUUGCUUUGCUUGCCUUAGGAAUCCUGUGGUUCAUCCCUCUAAAGUUCGGCCUCCAGCUGCAGGUCUCCCAGAAUUCCUCAACCAACCACUAAAGCUCUCGUAUGUUGAUGGGUGAAAGUGACAGUUUUCAUUUCAACGCAUGCAGUGUCACUGAAAUAAAUAAAGAAAUAGUUAAAGAAAGAAGAGGCCAAAAAUAUCAGAUACCAGUAACGGCGCACGGCACGAUAACAUGCAGUGAAUCCACUUGACCGCUCCUAGUUUUCCUCCCCUCUCUCUCUCUCUCUGUAUGUUUAUCAUUGGUUUCCUCAGCGGCUGAUGUGCUUGUUCCUUCCUGAGCAGCUCUUCUUUUCUUCACCCUAGCGGCCCGCUGCUUCUCUUUUGUCUGCACGUUUUCGCGUUAAAAUGAAGUUAGUUUUUGUGUUGCAACUACUUUGUAUAUUUUUCUUAAUUUUUCACUUAAGCGCCACAAUCUGCCUCAAGAAUGUUUAAAGAUAUGAAGAGGUAGGGGAAGUGACCGCGAAGGUGGUAGAGAAUGAGAACGACGCACGGCCGCCCCGCUGUACGCUGCAGAGAGUUGAUUCUACAAUAAAAUAAAAAGAGUAAUAAAAAUCAUCACCCCGAAAGAAGAUAGUAGACGUCACGUAGUAUGUGUGUACCAAAUUUCAGGUCAAUCGGUGAAAUGGUUUACGAGCUACCGGUGAUUUAAAAUCUUGGACAGACAAACGAACAGCCACGGUAACGUAUUAUAUAAGAAGAUAUUAAAUUACGUAUGUGAACAUAUUAUUGUCAUAUUUCUCGGUACAUUUAAUUGUCUCUUUAAUAUCCCUCCAUCUCAGUUAAACAGCAGAACAUUAUGUUAAAAUAAGAAGCAUUUGACACCCCAUAGCUUCCAGAAGCUUGAAAUCGGUCUUAAUAAUAACUAUCGUAACUCAAUACCGGCACCAAAUCUGUAAAGAAGUAAAUAAAUCAAGACAUUAACACACGUGUCACCCAGCUGUGCUGCACUCUCCUGCCCGGGGUCUCCAACAGCCACACUGCCACCCCGGGUACACCCCACUCAGCAACAUGGAGAUAAUGUGUAAUAAAGGACUUCUCCCAGUGCUGGAUCUGCAACCUCUUGUGCAUUCAGGAGAACACAUCCAUACUUUACACACAAUGCCUUAAUCAAGCGGAGACGGAGUCUGGAGUGGGCCGUGAUUUGCAGAUUAUAUUUUGGAGGGGUUUCACCCUUGUAGUUUUGAGGAUGCGGAUAUUGCAAAUAUUACUUUGAAGAGCAGGAGCAGAAGUAGAGGUUAUGUCCACCUUGGAAGUCAGAGCGGGAGACUCUGGUCCACAGCCAGCCAAUCAAACGGAAACAUGCUGGUUCUGCAUACAGCCCACCUCAAGCUCUGGUAGAACGAUAAUCCCAUUUUGUAGAAUGCUUGUAUAGCACCAUUUUGAUUUAGCACCAGCCUACCAUGCAAGACUACCUGGAGCACCACAAAUGGCUGACCCUGGGACUUCACAACUGUGGCCCUUCCAGCCUUCAGAGAGAAGAGAGAAAGCGAGAGCCCUGACGCCGCAGUCACUCUGCUCAUUCUCAAAUGGCGUUUUUCUGGAUUGCACACCAAGCAACUUUUCAAAUUCAACAUCAGUGUAAAGAGAUCUGCCAUUUUAACGAGACUCCCAGUUUGCCAUCUAAAGCCGGUCUAACAGACUGUGACGUCACAUUUAUAAUGACCCAACCCUAUGUGACAAGCGGCCGAGGGCUCACCAGUCAUCUUGUGCUUAUUUUGUGGAACGACUUUUCCCACAGCGCAUCUCCCCACACUGAAGAGCUAACGAGCUCGGGCGUACUCUUUGACAAACCACUUGACAUAAAAAGAUAAAAAAGGAAAACCCAAAAGUCUUUUUUUUUUUCUCUCAUUUUUACUUUUUUCAACAAAGAUAAAUUUUCGGACAGAGGCAGUAAAAUACAUUUAGAAAAC